UAUCCAUGCACAAGCAGACGUGUACGUAUGACGAAACGAUCAUCACUCUAUCAGAAAUGUCAGGAGAGUUCACCCAGCGCAACGUUUUCUGAAUGAACUGGGGAAUGUCACGUCUGUACACCUCGUCAUUGCACUCCCUGGUGAGGAGCCCCAGGAGAUCGGAGGCUAUCCUGAGGAGAUUCAUCAUUCGUAACGUCGGGAAGACAUCUGCGACGUGCGAGCGAGGUUAUGAGGGAGAUUUCAACUCCAUUGCUAGUAAACACUCGUGUCUGGGUGGUAAAAUCGGCGGUGCCUCCACUGCAUUGACAGCUGCCUGCCAGGGGAAUCAUGACAGGAGGGACUAUCAGAGGAGUUGGAGGAGUGAGAAGAGGUACAGGGGGUUCACUUUUAUUCUAGGAGGAAUUGGACUCGGCAUUGCCUUGUGUGAUGCUCCUUAUUUCACCAAAGAGAAAAGGUUCUUCAGAGCAGCCCAAUACGGAAAUAUUCCUGACUUGAAGAAGUCGUUGUCUGAAGGAGUCGAUGUUGACUCCAAGCAUCCUCUGGGCUGGACAGCCCUCCACUCUGCUGCAAUUAAUGGAAAAACAGAGGCUGUGAAAUUUUUGAUAAGCAAUGGAGCUGAUGUCAAUGCUGGGGAUGAAUUCGUUAACGUGUAUAAAACUGCGAUCGAAAAGGGAUUGCAUUCUCUGGAUGUCCUUACAAAACGUGAAGAGGAGUUCUCCGAUCGUCUCAACAACAGAGCGACGUUCAAGGGAUUCACAGCCCUGCAUUAUGCUGUCCUCGCUGACUCAAUAUCCUGUGUGAAGGUGCUGCUGGAUGCUGGUGCUAAUCCCACAAUUGAGAAUGACACGGGCCAUCGAGCGGUGGAGUACGCUCGAGACGACGAGAUUAAGGAGUUACUCGUUAAACAUGCUGCUAAAUAUGACGAACUGAUGAAGGAGAAGGAAGCUGAAGAACGACGAAGAUUUCCUCUUGAACAAAGACUAAAGCAGCACAUUGUGGGCCAAGAGGGGCCCAUAUCAGUCGUUGCCUCAACAAUAAGAAGAAAAGAAAAUGGAUGGAUUGACGAGGAGCACCCCCUGGUCUUCCUCUUCCUGGGAUCAUCUGGAAUUGGAAAGACAGAACUGGCGAAGCAACUUGCUGCCUACAUACACAAGGGUAAACCAGACGGAUUCAUUCGAUUGGACAUGUCUGAGUAUCAGGAGAAGCACGAGGUUGCAAAGUUAAUAGGAGCUCCUCCGGGUUAUGUAGGCCACGAUGAUGGGGGCCAGCUGACAAAGUUGUUGAAGAAGAAACCGAAUGCUGUGGUGCUGUUUGAUGAAGUGGAUAAGGCACAUCCUGAUGUUCUCACUGUUCUUCUACAAUUAUUUGAUGAGGGACGAUUGACCGAUGGCAAAGGCAAGACCAUCGAAUGUAAAAACGCCAUUUUCAUAAUGACGUCGAACCUAGCAAGUGAAGAAAUAGCAGAACAUGGCAUACAACUGAGGGCUGAAGCUGAGCGUCUCCUCAAUCAGAGGCUCGAUAAGACCGAGAAUGAGGAUCAAGCACCAGACCAAAUCGUGAUAUCCAGGAAUUUCAAGGAUGAAGUGGUGCGACCCAUAUUGAAGGCUCAUUUUCGUCGGGACGAAUUCCUAGGCCGAAUCAAUGAGAUUGUUUACUUCCUGCCGUUUUCCCGUGCUGAAUUGAUAAAACUAGUCGCUCGUGAAUUGGAUGCAUGGGCGAAGAGGGCACGGGACAGACACAUGAUCGAAUUAAAGUGGGAUCGUGAGGUGCUUUCAGCACUUGCUGAUGGGUAUGAUGUUCACUAUGGUGCACGAUCCAUUAAGUAUGAGGUCGAGAGGAGGGUGGUUAAUCAGUUGGCGGCUGCACAUGAACGAGGACAGAUCACUAAAAAAUGUUGUGUCAAAUUGAAAGCCAAAUGGCACGAGAAUGGAGUUUCAAUAGGACUAUCGGUGCGACCAGCUGGAGUAAAAGACUUCGUGGACAUCGAUGAAACAGACAAUGUCAUAAAAAACGUAAAUUCAAAAUUCUGACCAUUGUCCAUUGAACGUAAAUAAAUUGCCAAACGCCCAAUACUCGCCCAAACUCGUCAUUUCGCGCUGAUAAAUAAUUCAUCAAGAUAUUCUGAAAAGCAUGAUUCAGGGAUUAGAGAUGUACUACAAUUCGUUAUUUUGUAGGUUGUAUCUAAAUAUAAUGGAUGAAAGAGACCAGAGGUAGAGAUAUUUGAUGUAAAUAUGAUGAUUAUUCUUUAUUUUGAAUAAAUCGAUCAAUAUAGAAUACAUAACAUGAAAAUAUUUGGUUCCACAUCACAUUUAAGAUACAGUAUAUAAGUUUCAAGACGAAUUUCGAACAACCACGGAUUAUUUAAUAAUUUUUGGGUACACGGCAAAUUUCUUCAAUGAAAACUAAGUCCAGAAAAUGUGACACACAAAUAGAAAAAAAAAUUGCUGAUUUUUUUCUGAAUAAUUUCAAUUACGUAACAGUUUUACCUGUUUUAGUUGUGAACUGAAUAAUUUUUUAAAUUAAUUUUUCAAUUAAAAUAGUUGCCGUUGAGGUAUUUGAUUUAAUAAUUACAGUAUCAAGAAUAGAACAUCACGAAACGUUAUGCAGAACAGGAUAGAACACAGACACAUCAGUUAGUUUGAUCAACAUGAUUGUUAUCAAUUGAAAAAUAUGAUUUAUGUAUUUAACCAUUUGAUUUUCACUGGAAUUCUGUCAAAAUUUGAUCUCCCGAUAUAUUGAAAUUAUUCCAAAUUGGCAAGUCAAGAGCAUUUCGCUGAUUGUUUAUUCCUCACGACGACAAGUAUAAUUAAUAUGUUUUCAUGACUUCUUUGAUAUUUUAUGAUUUAUUUAAUCAUUAUUCAAACCUCCUUGUCUCUGUGCUCGAUAAAUUUCAUUAUUCCUCUUUAAUAUAAAUAUCUAGUUUGAUAUUUUUAUAUAAUAAGUAUAUGUUUUUUAAUAAUCCUUUUAUAGAGCUAUAUAUAGAAAUACUGUAGGUGUAUAAUAGAAUAAGCGUACGAUUCGGACCACGCUCUUAUGGCUGAGCGUUAUUUAUUCACUCCUCAAAAGUAUAUUUUGUGAUAUAUUCGUAUUAUCAUGCUUAAUAACAAUAGUUAUAUUAUCUCCAUAGAACUAGAUAUUUUUUCAACAACAAUUUUGAAAAAAACUCCAUUUUUCUGUUUGUUAUUUUAUAUAUUUUUAAUAUUAUCGCUCAAGUUAGAUUUUCAAUAGUUAUUUAUCAUAAAUGAUUAUCAAACGAUUUGAAAUUAUAGUGUUGGAGGCGAAAAUUCAUUGAACCGUUUAUUUAUCAUUUAUCAAAGGCAGAAUAAUGUGAAAAUCAGAGGAAGAGAGGGGAUCGAGCUAUUUAAACAAUAAAAAGCGUCAUUAUUGA